UAACUGCAUUACAAUGAUGGACUGCCAUUAAUCAGGGUACUAGACCCAUUUUCGCAGUGGAACUGGGAAAUUUAAGUAUGACCGGGCAGUGUUUCUGGAUAGAAUCAUUCAUAGAGACUUAUUUUUUCUUCUUCCUAAGCUUCUGUAAUGUCGACUUUAUUUUCUUCCCUUCCUGUUGUCUCUCUGUCAGCACUUUCUUCUGCAGAGCGAAACGAAGGGCAGCUCUUUGUGCUUUCUUCGCGCUUAGACGAGGUUUUCUCAACAACAGGAUUCGCCUAUUUGACUGAUCUGCCUCUCACUUACACCCACGAAGAUGUAUUUGGCCUUUGUGACAGCUUCUUUGGCGAAAAUGGGGUGACAAGCGAGGAAAAAAUGCAAAUCACAAAGAAAAUAUUUGUUAAAAGUAACAAAAAUACUUAUCGAGGGUGUGUAUCACUGACAAGCCCUCUUACUCGAUGCUCACCAAUGUGCCAGGUACUUUCCGGUUCAGUUGGGGCAAGAUAACCUCAAAGAAGGCUUCGAAAUCGGCGCGCCAACAACAAGAUCAGCCAUCUCACACUCCCCACUCCUUAGCGAACGAGUCAACCUCACAGAACCGAACGUUUUUCCAGCCUCCAACCCUUCAUUCCGUCACCGUUGCGAAUUACUCCAUACCGAACUCCAAAGCCUUUGCGCAAAACUCCUGUCUCUUCUCGCUGUGGGACUAGGAAAGCCGACCACCUUCGAUCACUACCUAGAGGAAUCUCUGAGUACCCUCCGACUCCUCCAUUACCCACCGGUUCCUGAAUCCAGACGCCACGAUGUUAUUUGUACACCCCAUACAGAAUCUGGCAUUCUUACGCUAUUACAUCAAGAUACCACUGGUGGCUUGGAAGUACAGAAUAGCGAAGGGCAGUGGAUUCCUGCUCCUUAUAUACCGGGCAGUGUUGUUGUGAAUAUCGGGGAUUUGAUGGCAAAGGUUAGCGGUGGGAGAUGGGUUGCUACCAACCACCGUGUCCGUUCAGUGAGCCGUGAGCCAGGUGUGGUAACGAGAGGGCGAUACUCAGUACCCUUUUUCUUUGAGCCGGGGGUCAAUUGCGUUGUGAAGAGUGUUCAGGGUGACGAAGUGAUUCACGGAGAGCAUUUGCUUGGGAAGAUGAAAGGUUGGGUUGAGUUUCAGGACCUGGAAGGGCAGACAUCAGAUACCCACCCGGUGGAUAUUACAAGAGGUAGCAAACUGCCGUUGUUGUUAUCCUAAAUCUUAAAGCGAACGUAAUAUUAUCCCCGUCAAUUGGUAAAGUUCAGUCUAUUAUAUAAUUUCUAGCAGAGUCAGAGUGAUGAAGUCAAAGGAUCUAGAUUCUAGAUUGAUAAAUUUAAUUGUUUUGAAUACUAU